UACAGAUAAAUGGAAAUGUUAUUAAAAUAGAUAUUCUCUUCUCUUUUCGGUUCUCUCUUGGGCCGCCUAUAAAUUCGCAACCGCCUCGGCUGCAUCACUCACACUCUCUCUAUCUCUCUCUCUCUCUCUGAUCACUGCGUUUGUUUAGGGUUCGGGAAGAAGGAGAGGCGAUUUAAUUAACUUUUGGUGUUUAGAAAAUGGCGGACGAGUCGACAGCAACCUGCAUCGAUAUCCUCCUGGCCAUCAUCUUGCCUCCCCUUGGCGUCUUCCUCAAGUACGGCUGCCAGGUGGAAUUCUGGAUCUGUCUGUUGCUGACCUUCUUUGGCUACAUCCCUGGCAUCAUCUAUGCUAUUUAUGCUAUCACUAAAACUCCCACAUAAAACUCCGUUGGUAGAGAUGUAAAGGUUCCUCUCUUAAAGGCUCUUUUCUUCAUUUCGGCUAAUGGAGGACAGUGCUGAUUGAUUUGAUGUCUGCAAAUUAUUUGAUUCUGUUUCUGUAAUUUGGUUUCUUAGGAUUGGGUCUUGGGUCUUGCGGAACGGUUGUUGUGGUCCUGUUUGUUUGUUAAUGGUGCCCUGUAGCCUUGCGUUUAAAAAUUUGUUGUUUUGGAUAAACUGUGUGGAUUUAUUGGUAACUUAAUAUCAUAUUAUAUUUUUAGCAA